AUGUCCGCCGUCAUCCGUCAAGCCGUUAGACCAGCCUUAAGGUCCAUUGCUUCCAGAAGAGUAGCAUGCAUAGCCAUCCGUCACAAUUCUACUGCUGCCGCUCCAGUUGAUCCAAAGAUCUCCGCUAUUGUUGACCAAAUCUCCCAAUUAACAUUAUUAGAAACUUCCGCAUUGGUUACUGAAUUGAAGGAAAAGUUAAACAUUUCCGAUAUCGCCCUUCCUGCUGCUGGUGCUGCUCCAGCCGCUCAAGCUGCAGCACCAGCUGAAGAAGAAACUAAGGAAGAACCAGAAGAAAAGACCAUCUUCUCCGUCAAGUUAGAAUCAUUCGAUGCCAAAUCCAAGCCAAAGAUCAUUAAGGAAGUCAAGACUUUGCUCGGAUUGAGUUUGGUUGAAAGUAAGAAGUUUGUUGAAGGUGCUCCAAAGGUAUUGAAGGAAAAUGUUCCAAAGGAAGACGCUGACAAGAUGAAGGCCACCUUAGAAGGCUUAGGUGCUAAGAUUACCUUGGAAUAG